AUGGGUAACAAAAGCUCAUCAAACUCAAAAAAAGUACAUUUCAAGACAACAAAGGUUUCUUCAAUAGAACAAAACAUGAUGCGUUUUCGGACAGAACAAGGUCAUAGAAUCAAAGGCUCAACAACACUAAGAGAUGAUGAAUAUAUAGGGAAACACAAGAUAGAGACACCACUUGAUAGUGAUGAAACAUUCAACAAUUUCAUUCGACGUGCUAAGUACAAAAUUAGAACCGUCACAAUGUCCAAGUCCAAUGUUGAUUGGGAGCAGAGUAACAACACUGUACCUGCAGCACCGGAUCAUGAGGUUAACAUUGAUAUCAACAGUGAUACAGAAAAUUACCAAAGGAAGCAGUUUGAUGAAUUUAUUAAGAUUGCUAAGAAGAAAAUGAGAUCUGCGUCAAGCUUUCGAAAAAAUAGUUUCUUGAAGAAGCCAUGA